AUGAAAACGGUCAAUCAACGUAUGAUCCUAUGGAAGAUGUCAACUAUCAACGAUUCCAAUAUAGCUUUUGAAACUUUGGUUAAUCAUUCUUCUUAUAUGAAGAAUAAGCCAUUGGAAAAACAACCAACUGAAAACAAAAAGUCAACUACUUUAAAGCCAGUGAAAAUUGCCUCAAAGAGGACAAAUGCAGACUAUAGCAUUACAGAGGACGACAGAUAUGCCGCUGUGGUCGGGAGAGAAUUAGGUAUCGAAGAACGAACUGCUCAACGAUGGUGGGGAAGCUACGAAGAGACUGGCGAAGUGCCAAUCAAAAAAUUAACCAGAAAUCCAGGUCACUCAAACAACUUCACAGAGGAACACAAAACUCACGUCUUGGACCUCGUUGAUGACGAUCCACAGGUUACUGUUUGUGAUGUAGUUGAAAGUCGGACUAAAUCCUCUGAGGAUUUUUCGCUUACAAAAUCAAUCAUUCAUAAGCACAUGAACGAAACUUAUAACCUGUCAGUCAAAAAACCACAUUUCGAAUCUGAGAAACGCAAUAGUCUUGAAAACCUGCAGGAGAGAUAUGAGCGGUUUAUGAAAUGGAAGGAUUCAGAUGCUGACUUUACGAAAAACUGUAUUUUCAUUGAUGAAUCAGGGUUUCGUAUCAAUAUGCGAAAGAAUUACGCGUGGUCUAGAAAAUCAGAUUAUGUUAGGGUACGUCUCUAUUCAGCAUGUCCUGAUUCCUACUCUAAAAGAAACAUCUUGUUGCUGUGCAACCCUUAUUGGUUAACAGCAAAACAAGACAAAUGAUUUUAAGAUAUGUCCUUAUUUUAUGUUUCUAUACUUUUUUGUAUUUGAAAAACACAAUGGUAAAGUACACAUUUACCCUGCCUUACGCCGAAGAAAUUUGCGGCUGCAGUUUGCCUUUAACUAGGCGCCCAGCUACGAGUGGGAAGCUGUCUUUUUCCUCAAACACAAGGAAUAACAAAAGGGAGGCUUAUUCUAACUUUUUUUCCUAGAGAAAUACUUAAUAAAUACUUUGUUUGGAUGCUUUCAUAAAAUGCUGCAUACAUUACAAUAAUGGUAUACAUAAACACACUUUCGGAAAAUUUGAUGGGUAUUUGAUACUUUUAUAAAUAUAUAUAGCUAAAGAUAAGCAUUAUAAACUGUUAUUUUCUUU